AUGGGGGAGGUCUCUGGGACUUUCGAGAUCCUCACAACCUCGAUGCAGAGGGACCGGUUAUUUAAUGUCGAUCUUGAUAGUGGACUGGGUCGAAAACCGGCAGCAGUGCCGGACCAUUUGUCCAGGGUGCUGUAUAUCCCGAAACAUAGCAUGCUGAAUCUAUCGGUUUACGAGGCUGGGUCGCAGUACAGAAAGGUUGUUGAUCACUCGCCUGUUGGCGGAGAGCAAGUCACCGGCAAGGCACUCAUGGGAAGUAGGCUAUUCAAGACGAGGCUGAAUACCAUGACAUCCCCGACCACGGAUGCCAAGGCAGAGUACGCCGUUGGUCUUGAUAUUGAAAAGAUUCGAGAUGGGGGAGACAUUUCUGCCACGGUGCACAGAGGAGACCAGGCUGAAGUAACUCCUCAUAUUAACAUCGUCCUUCCCAUGUUGACGGACAUUUUCAGUCUACUAUCGGUCAUUAGUGACCAACAAUCUGAUACCAUCAACGUCACAACAACGUACCCGCUACCCAGCCUGGAGACCAACGUCGGGGCCCUACACUUUCCGUAUUUCAGAUUCUCGCUACCUAAUGAGUCUGCCAUCUAUGAAUGGCAAAUACACCCGCUUGACUAUGGCACCCUUCGAUAUACUUUGUUGCAACUGAACGACGACAAGCCUGGGGAGGAAACCAGUCCUGUAUCGCGGGAUUCUAAUAUCAAGGCUAUCUAUCAUCACAUUGGCUACCAUGGGUCUUUGUUUGUACCACAAAGCGAAGGCGUUUUGCUUGUACCUGAAAAUUUCACCGAGGAAGAUGUGCGGCUGGAGUCGGUUAUCGUGUCUAGUCUUGUUGGCUUGCUGUGGAGAAUACGAGGCAUGGAGAUAAAAGAGAAGGAGCCAAAGGUUAGUGGCAAGAAGAGGAAGUCUUUUAUGAGGAGAGUUUUUGGGAGAAGGUAA